GUGUCGCGGUACUGCAACCUCAGCUUCAACUACAACAACAGCUAAGUGGCCGAUUCCGGGACCUGGGGGUGGAGGUUGGGGCGGGCGCCAGGCGCGGACAGCACAGUCGUACCCGCCAUCUCUUUCCAGCCACCGCUGCUGCAGUCACCCCUCCCGGACGGCAGAAGAAAGCACUGUCGAGAGGCACACACUGUCCUUGUGCCCACAGUGAAGAGUUAGAGCGUUUCUGCCAAGCUCUGGUGAGAUCUUUGAUCUAGGAGAAGGGAGGACCCCUUUCUGAGAUCGCAGAAAAAAAAAAUUCUUAUUGGAUAGUAUUAACUUUUUGUCCGCUUAAUCAAGCAAGGGGCAAUUCUGUCUAAGUCCUCCUAAGCCCUGAACCAUGUCUCCUCCGACCAUGCCUCCCACGGGAGUAGAUGGCGUGUCCGCAUACCUGAUGAAGAAAAGGCACACCCACAGGAAGCAGCGGCGCAAGCCCACUUUCCUCACUCGUAGGAACAUCGUGGGCUGCCGCAUUCAACACGGCUGGAAAGAAGGCAAUGAGCCAGUGGAGCAGUGGAAAGGCACUGUGCUCGAGCAGGUUUCUGUGAAGCCCACACUUUACAUCAUUAAAUAUGAUGGCAAAGAUAGUGUGUAUGGACUAGAACUGCACCGAGAUAAAAGAGUUCUAGCGCUAGAGAUUCUUCCUGAGAGAGUACCAACUCCUCGAAUUGAUUCUCGCCUGGCAGAUUCCUUGAUUGGGAAGGCAGUGGGGCAUGUGUUUGAAGGCGAGCACGGUAGGAAAGAUGAAUGGAAGGGUAUGGUGCUGGCACGAGCCCCAGUGAUGGAUACUUGGUUUUAUAUAACGUAUGAGAAAGAUCCAGUCCUCUAUAUGUACACCCUGCUGGAUGACUACAGAGAUGGUGACCUGCGCAUCAUUCCAGAUUCCAACUACUAUUUCCCUAUGGCAGAACGGGAGCCUGGAGAGGUGGUCGACAGCCUGGUGGGCAAGCAGGUGGAGCAUGCCAAAGAUGACGGGUCCAAGAGAACUGGCAUUUUCAUCCAUCAAGUGGUGGCCAAGCCCUCUGUCUACUUCAUUAAGUUUGAUGAUGAUAUUCACAUUUAUGUCUAUGGUUUGGUGAAAACCCCGUAAGUUCAUUGUGCUCUUUGUAAUAGUUGGGGAACUAUUACUUAAAAUAUUUUGUAUUUUCAUAAUUGUGAACUUUGAGAACAGUUUUGGCAUCAGAAAUUCAGGAAAGUAAGUAAAUCUUAUUGUGCCUCCAACUCUUACAUUGACUAAUUCCACAGUUUUGCCCCAAGUAUACUGUGGUAAUUUUGAUAUUGCUUUGUUCUUUAAUGGAACUUAUAAAUUGGGUGCUAGUAGAAU